AUGAGGUCUGCCAAUGUCCGACUCUCUCUUUCUCCAUCCCGUCUAGGGCUACCUAACGUCGAUACCUCCGCUUUAAUCUCUUUUGUCCGUUCCCAAUCCUUUUACCUAGAUGGCUCUGUGAACUGGAACAAGAUAUUACUCUUAACUACCUGCUUUAUCACCAUGGUCGGUUGCGGAGUGUUCUCCUCGGUGUUUCGACGCAGGGGUGGACAGUCGUCCAAGAGACGUCUGCGUCGCGGCUUUCGCAAGGAAUACCCCCAACGAUCUGGAGGAACAGUGACUUCAUCCGACGAGGAUGAUUAUGACAGCUCUGGAUCGUUGCAUCAUGGCAUGGAAGGUGGGCGUUCGCAAAAUUCGCACCCAUCCCAGCAGGCCGAGGGCGCCGAAACUGCGCUUGAUACAGAUCCAGGCCUAUUGAGGAAACAUUCUACGUACCGCUCUUACUCUACAUCUGUCGCCAAAUACCCAUCAAUCCGAACAUUUUAUCGUCCGCAUCCCCAAAUGGACAAGUUUCCCACCAAGCCAUCACCAAUGCCGUUGCUUGUUUUCGUUCACGGAUUAGGAGGGUCACUCGCGCAGUUCAACCAUCUGCUCACAAGUCUGUCGAAUGUUGGGCCGUGCUUCGGAAUUGAUCUUCCAGGCUGCGGAUUAUCUUCCUUCGAACCAACCUCAUGGGAUGCUUAUACCGUUGAAGCACUCGCGGAACUACUGGCGACGGCCAUCGACCAGCAUCGCGAUAAAGAGGCGGGCCAGGGAGUCGUUCUCAUUGCCCACAGUCUCGGCUGUUCCCUUUCCGCGAUGCUUACAUCAUCCUUCUCUCCACUUGGAUUGAGCGUGAAGGACCAUAUCCUUGGACUGGUCGCUGUCUGUCCUCGCGCCUCGCCUCCUUCCCCUAAAGAGGUUGCCUCGUUCCGCCGUCUGCUAAAUAUCCCGGGUCCUAUAUUUGACCUUUGGAGGCACUGGGAUAGACGCGGUGGUCUGAACAGUAACAGCGUCAACAGGCUUGUCGGUGCAGAUGCAGACUCCGACACGCGCAGCCUCCAGGUUCGUUACAACAGACAGAGCAAGACGUCUGUCUGGAGGCGGAUGGCCUGGGGAACUCUGCCUUCCUACACCAACGGUAAGGCAACUGGUGGUCUUCCUGGAGAGGAUAUUUGGGCUGGUGUGCAAACACCGGUUUUACUCGUCGCGGGCGAAUCCGACACUGUGACCAAACCCGCAGAGAUCCAGCAAAUUCUCGGGUUUUUCGGAGAUCCAAGCGCGCACGCUGACGAGAGCCCCGACGGUAGCAACACAAUACCUGAUGCUGCCAGCUUCGAGCCUCUAGCUCCAGGGUCCCCUGACACUCUCGCAAACGACGAGAAAUGUGGCAUCGAAUCCCAGGAGAAUGAAAAGGAAAUCGCAAGUACAGGCAAACCAAAGCGUUCUGUCAAGACUGUGAUCCUUCCGGCGCCAGCCUCCCAUGCACUCCUCUACGACCGUGCGACUUACCGCACAUUGGCCGGAAUUAUUCAAGACUUCCUCCCCCAACAUGUGGAUCAGCGUCUGAGCCUUGGAUGGCAGCUACAAUAUCUGAACACUUCGGGCAAGUGGGAUGUUAAAAAUCUGGCCAAGUGGAAGAAAGUUCCUCCUGUUUCGCAACGAAUUGCUAACACCUUCGUGGCUCUUAAAAUGCUACGAGAGGUUGACGAAGAGCAUAACCCCGUCCUCUUCUCACAGGCACACCGUGGCGAGAUCUAUACAGUGAUCGAUAUCAGCCACGAAAGUCCUGUGUACAACCCGGCAUCAUUGGAAGCGGGUGGUAUCCAUUACCAUAAAUACCCCACUGUGUCCAAGAUUCCCCCGACGCCGGACGAGGUUCGGGAUUUUAUUGCCUUGGUCGAUCGGCUACAACGGGAGAUCACUGAGCAGAUGAAGAAAUCCAGCAAGCCUCCGCAUCCACGCCCUGUUGUUGGAGUUCACUGUCAUUACGGUUUCAACCGAACCGGGUUCCUGAUUGUCAGCUACCUCAUCGAACGAUGCGGGUUCGGUGUCCAGGACGCUAUCGACGAGUUUGAGAAACAACGUCCGCCGGGUAUUCGGCAUGGACACUUUAUAGAUACCUUGUUUGUGCGAUAUUGUGUUGGGUUGAAGAGAGCGCCUACACUUUAA